CCUCCACAGCCACUGAGGUCGCUGCCAAUGAAACUCCUUCCGCUCCUAGUGGUUUUUUCCACUUUGCUGAAUUAUAGCUACACUCAAAAUUGCACAAAAACUCCUUGUCUCCCAAAUGCAAAAUGUGAAAUACGGAAUGGAGUUGAAGCCUGUUAUUGCAACAUGGGAUUUUCAGGAAAUGGGGUCACAAUUUGUGAAGAUGACAAUGAAUGUGGAAAUUUAACCCAGUCCUGUGGUGAAAAUGCUAAUUGUACCAACACAGCCGGAAGUUACUAUUGCAUGUGUGCCCCUGGUUAUAGAUCCAGCAGUAACCAAGAAAGAUUUAUCACAAAUGAUGGAACCAUUUGCAUAGAUAUAGAUGAAUGCAGUGAGUCAGUUGCUUGUGGUGAUCAUGCAAUAUGUGAAAAUGAGGAUGGUGGGUAUCAUUGCUCCUGUAAGGAAGGUUAUCAGGUAUCCACUGGAAAAACACAGUUCAUUCCUAGUGAUGGCACGUACUGUCAAGAAAGCAUGAAAGCAGACUGCUUUUUAGAUAAUGCCUGUAUCACUGCAACUAUUCAUAAAACAAUAACAAGAAUCGGAAAUGUAAAAGAACCAGUGUCUCUACUACAUGAAAUCUAUAGAAAUUCUGUGAAAGAUCUUUCUCCAAUUGAUAUAGUUACUAAUAUAGAAGUAUUAGCUGAAUCACUCCCACUGUUGGCCUAUAUGAACACCACAAACUCAGCUGUGGACAUGCUUUCUAACUUAACACUUACUGAGUUUGUCCAAACUGUGAAUAAUUUUGUGCGCAAAGACACGUUUAUAGUUUGGAAUAAGUUGCCUAAGUAUCAUAGAAGAACUCAUCUUACAAAACUGAUCCAUGCAGUUGAACAAGUAACCUUAAGGAUAUCUCAGAACUUCCAGAAGAGGACUCAGUUUAAUACUAAUUCAAGUGAUAUUGUUCUCAAAGCUUUCUUUUUUGAUUCAUUUCACAUGAAACAUAUUCAUCCCUAUAUGAAUGUGGAUGGAGAUUACAUAAAGCUACUUCCAAAGAAAAAUGUUGAAGAUGAUACAGAUGGCAAUGUGGCAGUUACAUUUUUAUAUUAUAAGAGUAUUGGUCCCUUAUUUUCAUCAUGCGACAACUUACUGGAACCUCAAAAUUAUGGUAAUUCUGAAGAGGAGGAAAGAGUCAUCUCUUCAAUAAUUUCAGUCUCAAUUAGCUCAAACCCACCUACAUUGUAUGAACUUGAAGAAAUAACGUUUACUUUAAGACACAUAAAGACCACAGAUAAGAAUAGGCAUCAAUGUGCAUUUUGGAACUAUACACUUAACACAAUGAAUGGCAGCUGGUCUACGGAGGGCUGUGAUCUGACUUACUCCAAUGAAACCCACACCUCAUGCAGCUGUAAUCACCUGACACAUUUUGCAAUUUUGAUGUCACCCGGUCCUUCCAUUGGUAUUAAAGAUUAUAACAUUCUUACAAGAAUCACGCAACUAGGAAUAAUUAUUUCACUGAUUUGCCUUGCUAUAUGCAUUUUUACCUUCUGGUUCUUCAGUGAAAUUCAGAGCACCAGGACAACAAUUCACAAGAAUCUCUGUUGUAGCCUCUUCCUUGCUGAACUUGUUUUUCUUAUUGGGAUCAAUAUAAAUACUAACAAGCUCUUUUGUUCAAUCAUUGCUGGACUGUUACAUUACUUCUUCUUGGCUGCCUUUGCAUGGAUGUGCAUCGAAGGCAUUCACCUCUACCUCAUUGUUGUGGGAGUCAUCUACAACAAAGGAUUUCUGCACAAAAAUUUUUAUAUCUUUGGCUAUCUCAGCCCAGCUGUGGUAGUUGGAUUUUCAGCCGCCUUAGGCUAUAGAUAUUAUGGCACCACCAAAGUGUGUUGGCUUAGCACAGAAAACAACUUUAUUUGGAGUUUUAUAGGACCAGCAUGUCUAAUCAUUCUUGUUAAUCUCUUGGCAUUUGGAUUUAUCAUAUACAAAGUUUUUCGUCACACAGCAGGGUUGAAACCAGAAGUUAGUUGCUAUGAGAACAUAAGAUCUUGUGCCAGAGGGGCCCUUGCGCUCUUAUUCCUUCUUGGAACCACCUGGAUCUUUGGAAUCCUUCAUGUUGUGCACGCAUCCGUAGUAACGGCUUACCUCUUCACAGUCAGCAAUGCUUUCCAGGGGAUGUUCAUUUUCUUAUUCCUAUGUGUUUUAUCUAGGAAGAUCCAAGAAGAAUAUUAUAGAUUGUUUAAAAAUGUUCCUUGUUGUUUUGGAUGUUUAAGAUAAAUUCAAGAAAAGUGGAUAAUCAUUGCUACACAAAAUUUAA